AUGGCUAAAAAUAUGGCCAUUAAAGGAAAGUUUAAAGUUGCAGUUUCACCUAUCACGAUGCUAUCUCAGAAUGGAAAGGAUAGUGCACGUGGAAAUGAGCCAAGUGAGGAGGCAAAAGAAGACGUGUAUGACCUGAGGAUGGAUUGCAUUUAUGAUGAUGGUCUGUUGGGGUUCGAAAAACCUUUAGUGGACGCCAUGAAAAUGGAGGCUCAGGACCCUUUGGAGGAAAUAGAUUUGGGAGAUGGCUCGAAGAAAAGACCAACCUACAUAAGUUCCUUGAUCGACCCAGAGCUUAGAGGCAGAAUGAUAGAGUUGUUGAAAGAAUUCAAAGAUUGUUUCGCCUGGGAUUACGAUGAGAUGCCUGGUUUGAGUCGAGACUUGGUAGAAUUACAACUGCCAAUCAAAGAGGACAGGAAGCCAGUAAAACAACUGCCCAGGAGAUUCCAUCCGGACAUUCUAGUAAAAAUCAAGGAAGAAAUCGAAAGAUUGCUACGGUGCAAGUUCAUCAGAGCGGCCAAAUAUGUUGAAUGGCUGGCCAAUGUAGUCCCGGUAAUCAAGAAAAAUGGUAAGAUGAGGGUCUGCAUAGAUUUUCGAGAUCUGAAUGCUGCCACAUUCAAGGAUGAAUAUCACAUGCCCAUAGCCGAGAUGAUGGUUUACAUUGAUGACAUAGUGGUCAAGUCCCCAUCCAGGGAUGAACACUUGUCGCAUUUGAGGAAGUCAUUCGAGAGAAUGAGGAUACAUGGCUUAAAAAUGAACCCUCUUAAAUGUGCAUUUGGUGUAAUUGCAGGUGACUUUUUGGGUUUUGUGGUGCACAAGAAAGGCAUCAAAAUCAACAAGAACAAGGCCAAAGCUAUUCUCGACACAAGUCCACCAACUAGCAAGAAACAACUGCAGUCGCUAUUGGGCAAAGUCAAUUUCCUUAGAAGGUUCAUUGCUAACCUUAGUGACAAAACUAUGCCUUUCUCAUCCCUUCUUCGACUAAAGAAGGAAGACAUUUUUCGCUGGGAAGCAGAGCACCAAAAAGCAUUUGAUGAGCUCAAAAACUAUUUGGCAAGCCCUCCGGUGAUGAUUCCUCCUAUAAAAGGGAAGCCAAUGAGGUUAUAUAUUUCGGCUACAGAUGAAACCAUUGGCAGCAUGUUGGCACAAGAAGAUGAAGAUGGCAUCGAAAGAGCCCACAUGUUAUCCAAGCCUAUUUUGCAUAGUCGAAUCGGUAAAUGGUCUUUAGCAUUAACCGAAUAUUCGCUCACUUAUGCCCCUUUAAAGGCAAUUAAGGGGCAAGAAGUAGCUGAUUUCUUGGCAGAUCACACUUUGCCUGAAGAGAUAGUUUAUGUAGGAUUACAGCCUUGGAAGUUGUUUUUCGACGGCUCAAGCCAUAAGGAAGGAUCAGGAAUCGGUAUGUUCAUAGUGUCCCCACAAGGCAUCCCAACCAAAUUCAUGUUUUGA